UUGGGCCCCGGUGGAAAGUUGUCAACAGCGGAGAGGAGGAAGAGGCAGCUCGGCGGCUUGAGGGGAAGCUGCCAGCCCUGGGCUUCGGCUGGGGGUGUCGAGAGCCGCAGCCGAGGCGACGCCACCACCGACCCUCAGGCUAUGUGACUUUAGAGGAACGGAUGCUUAAAAAGGUUUCAGCCGUGCUACCUCAUCCAUGGCAGAUCAUCCCAGUUGGACGACCACUGGCUGAUACUUAGCAGGACUUUGCUUGCACUUUCACCCAGAGAUGUGUAACACUUUCUUUGGAUUGUAGGAUGGCUUCGGACAGUGAGACAGGUGCCUCAUAGCCGAGGUGCCUCUUGCUCCCUCUACCUCCGGCAUAGGCUCAAUUUUUUUUUAAUUUGGGUAAGGGAGACGGUCUUUCGGGGAUUAACCGGAGGGAGAUGUGGGAGCUCAGGAACUGAGGGGACCAGGGCUGACGUCACCUGGGGCUUUUGACUUUGCCCUCCUGCCGAGGAAGGAGAUCUGUCGUGGGGCAGCCAUGAUCGGCAAGAAGAGGAGCGGCUUCCAGAUCACCAGCGUCACCUUGGAUUACGACGGCGGUGGUGGAGAGGGGUUGAAGGAGGCGCCGAACGGUGAACUGGAGAUGGGCGGUUCUCCGGCGGCAGUUCCGCUGGCGAACGGGGUACCGGGGCACGUGGGCAGUGGGCAUGCUCCUGCCCCUGGUGCGGCGGAGCCUGCCGCCUCCACUGGGAAGAACAGCCAGGGAGCCGUCCUACCCGCUGACCGGACUCCACCACUCUCGGCGACAGAGCCGCCGGGUGCCGACGGGUCGCCGCGUGGACUGGAGACCACCCGUGACGCCCAGACGGGAGCCCCUGACUCCCCUCGCCUGCCCGCUGCUGCUGCCCCCCAGGAAACGCCGAGGGUGGAGGGCACCGGGAAUGCGGACGCUGUGACUCCCAGGGCUGUCCCGAGCGCCAGGUCGCCGCUGAGGACCGGCUGCUCCCCGGGCAGCUUGCAGCAGCCAGGCGCCUCGUGCAGCUCCCGGUUCCGUGUGGUGAAGCUUGACCACGGCUUGGGCGAGCCGUACCGCCGCGGUCGGUGGACCUGCACGGACUUGUACGACAAGGACCUGGACGGCCACCUGCUGGCCAAAGUCUUGGAUGGUGCCAGGAACGUGAACUCCCUGGACUCCCACCUGGAGAUCACCGGCUUCGCCCACAAGGCCGUGAGCCAACUCCGGCACAAGCCGCACGUGCCUAAGAGCCAUGGAUCCCCACCGGCGCCGUGCCAGGGAGACGUGCCGAGGGGGAGGUUUGGUCCCGCCGCUCCCGGCAACACCCUGAACGUGCUUCUUCAGGCGGCCAAGACUCUGAACCUGAGCGAGCCAGUCCCGGUUGACAACCAGCCCGGACGGGCCAGUCCUCCCCGGUUGCCCGUCCACACCCUGACCGGUGCGGCCGCCAGUGCGCCCGGUUCCAUCGUGGCGCCCAAGGGCGACGGUGGCGUACUCACUGUGAUGUCCAAGGACCAGCAGAAGCCCAGCACGGUGCACCUUCAAGGAGCCAGGAGCUCUCCCGCGGAGCAGAGCGCCUCCAACCAGAUCUCGCCAAACGUGAGCCAGCCCUCUUCAGGAGAGCAUGGAGCAAUAAGGAAGUUUUCUGAGCCUCGAUCCACACCCACCUCACCAGUCCCCCUGACCCAGGACGCCAGCCCUUCCAGGAAGACGCGCAUCUCCGAGGUCAAUGGCGCCAGCACGCUCCGCUUCAUCUCGCCCAUGCAGACCCUCACCACGUCCAUGCUGUCGGUUGGGUCACACCAGGAGGGCGACGAUGACAGUGGUUCCAGCAGCAGCAUGGUUGCCAUCGACAACAAGAUUGAACAAGCCAUGGACCUGGUGAAGAGUCACCUGAUGUACGCAGUCCGCGAGGAGGUGGAGGUGCUGAAGGAGCAGAUCAAGGAGCUGAUUGACCGGAACACUCUGCUGGAGCGGGAAAACGCCCUGCUGAAGUCCCUGGCCAACCCGGAGCAGCUCUCCCAGCUCCAGGCCCAGAUGCGGACCGCGGGAAGCAGCGGCGGAUCCUCGGGCUCCUCACCUGCCAGCACGUCUACUGCCUGAGGAGCCAUUUAGGGGAAACGCUCUGGUGGGCAGAGAAAAGGAGAGGGGUCCUCCUCCCCUUGAAACACUACGCAACAUCGCAAGCUAAACUGCCAGCGCUUUCCGGUACCUACACUCCAAUGCCAAGCCCACCGACUCCCAGCUUAAACAGACUGAUCUACGUGAUGCUGCUAACCUGGCAUUUGCUGCCUUUUUAAUAAGACUGGGGGGGUGGUUAGAAAGAGAACAAUGUUGCUUUGGGACUUUUGUUCUAGGUUUGGGGAGGGGGAAAUGGGCUUGAGGGUAUAGUCUACCCCCGCCACGUAUCUGGGUGAGGACGGAGGGAGCAACCGUGUGCAAGGAAAUGGAAAUGUUAAAGUCUCCCACUCUUCAGCUCCACACCGUGCAAGGGUACAUCAGCCCAUUUCCCCUUCAUCAUCCCACUCCUAUCCUAAUCCUGUUGUACAAGAUUCCUCUGUCGGGGUAGGUGGUAAAAGGUGCAACUUCUCUGCAGAGGGCUUAUUUUUUAAAAAAACACAAAAUUGGUACAUAAAACCUUACUUUACCUCGCCAGCCAGCACCAACUGAUUUUCUCUAUAUAUCAGCGUAACUAAGUCCGUGUUUUGUUAUGGUGAUUGCCAUGAAUAGAAAGAUCCCAAUCAAUGAGUGGUGACUUGGAAAGCUCUUGUGCCUUUGCUCAGCCCCUUUGGAGAGGUGGGGUUUAAGCUGGAAACUGAAGGAAUGGCAGGAAGCAUUAAGCCUGCCGCAGUUGUGUGACCGAGAUACGACCCGUGUUGGGUUACGUCGGAGAACGCUGCCGCAGUUUGGUUUCCCAAGUCUUGCUGGCACGCAUUUGUCCCCCCCCCCCCCCACGACAGCUUAAAAUUGAUGGCUCCCACUUGCCCUUCACUGUACAGUAGAGAAGGGUUGCCUGAAACACUUGCAAAUAACGUAUCUAAGUUCUUUGAGUCUCAUCCAGUCAGACUCCUUGUGUAAGUGUUGAAACUUAUGGAACAUUUCUGCUGCAUUUGAGAUGGGUGGAAAAUAGCUUGGCCUAAACAACAUGCUUCAUGGAUGGUGGUGAUCUCGUUAGAUGGUGAUCAGGGGAGGAAGGGAGUGUCCAUCAGCCCCACCUUGACGUCUUCACCUGAAUUGAUAAGCAGCAGGAGGGAAUAUUUGGGAGGAGUGUCUAAGGGGGGGAGGAGGAAAAGGACAGAUCAUUGAGAGCCUGCAGACGUGGGCACUAAGUGGGUGGCAAGGUUAAAAGGAUCCACAGGCAUGCAGCCUAGACGUGAGAAGGCUUGAGCAUCCACCCCAGCCCCACUUUUAUUUAGUUUGGUUUCGACAGAUUGUCCUGCCCUACUUCUGAUGCAGCAUGCAGAGCUGCAGUACGUGCUGAGACAUCAGGCUACAAGAUCUGCUCUAUUGUUAUGCCUUUCUUGAAGUUGUUUGAAUUUUAGUUUGUCCAUUUGAUGAAUAUCACUGGUUUGAUUUAGUACAAGUGAAACUUGCAGAAAUUUGUAAUAUUUACAAAUGGUGGAAGAAUGUUUUAGAAAGUAUGAAAGCUGCUUUAUUUUUAAAAAAUCCUUCUCCGGGAUUUAAAGUUAAAACUCUCUCUCAUUUUAAGUUUGUCUCUUCUAGUUGGAGGUUACUGAGCUAGAACCAGAAGGGAAAAUCUGGACUGGACUGGGUCUACACCCCGGUGAGGGAGUGACACAUCUAUCAGUUGGGAAUGUGUUUCUACUUUACCCAGAUCUGCCCAGCACCAAGACCACACUUUGAAGCUCAGUAAGAGCAUCGAGCCCUUUAGUUUGCAUAGGUUGCAAGGGUCAGGAAAGGAUGAUAUCCAUUUCCUUUUGUUCUUGCAGAGGUUUUGACACGUUUCCUAUUUUUCACAUGCAUCUCCCUCCUAAUCCAGCUGCUAGAUUAUUGUGCCCUCAGAGUCUGGGUACACUGUGCCAAUCCCAUGCCAUAUCCUGCCAUGCAUAAGCUAUUGGUUAACCUGUUUUGUUGUCGUAAUUACCAGGAAGGAUGGGGAGCCAGAAGCUGUGAUUGUCCCUGGCCCAGAGAGAGCAACGAAUAUUUCCUGCUCUUGCAGUGAGGCUGCUCUUGAAGUUGUCCCUUUCUAGACUCUGCAUAGACAAAAUAAUCAAAUGGGUGCAAUUUCCACAAUAGGAACGAUGGGGAGGAGGGUAAUACACACAGGGUGGGAGCUAUGAGUAAGUGUGGGAGAGCCAGGUACAUAGGAGGUAGAUAGCAAGGAGAUGGUGGGGGUAAGUAAAGAGCACAGUUCUAAUCUCCCAGCUGCUUGGGAAAAGGUUUGGGAACUUCUGUCAGUGUCUCAAAUACUCCUUGGCUCCCCAUGAAGCAGAACAGUGAGUUGUCCCUGCCCCUGCAGGAUUAAUCAGCUGGACAGCCCUCCCACUCUCCAUGCUUCUGUGGCCCCCUGUCCUUUUGGUUAAGUGGCGCUUCAGUUAUAGUGUCGCAUGCGGUGUGGUUGAAGGAAGAGAGGUUGGGUGGGUGUGAGACUUGUCAAUCUGUCCAGGGCAGAUACCUCUGCAGCAGUGUGAGCAGGUGUUUGUGCUUCCUCUCUCGAUACACCUUUCAGGGAGCUGUUUUUACCAGAGCAAUAAUUGCUUGCCUUACCCCGCAGUACGUGUAUAAUUUAUACAGAGCCGGGGUUGAGAGCUGCAGGAGCCUUUGUUUAAAAUAUCCUCCCCCACCCUCCCCCUUUCCCCUCGCUGAGGGGGUGGAGGGUGAAGAGACUGCUACCUCGCUACUCUGUGAUUUCUGGGUUUGAUCUAGCCAAAUGAUAACUGUUUUAUCUAAACCCUUGUGCACAGUACCGUUUUAUUAGCUCUGCAUACUUGUAAUUUUUUUUAUUAUUACUUCAACAAAAAACAAAACUUGUAAUUAAAAUGGAAAAAAAGCACAAAGCAAGGA